GUUCAACAUUGCUGCUGAUCAUUCCCGCAAAACAUGAAGUUCUCCUGAGUUCUUUAUUAGACCAAAAGAACUAUGUCAAGAAGACGCCUGGAAGCAGCUAUUCAAGCUGGAAAGCAGAUAGAACAAGGAACUCAAUGGCCCAGCAACUUAGAAAAAGUAGACAACAUCAAACAAGUAUCAAUGCGUGACAUUGAACGAGAUGGUAUUUACAGUCUUCAGUUUUCAUAUGAUGGCAACACUCUUGCUGUUGGGUAUGGAAAUAGUGGUAUUGAGAUACUAGAUGCUCUGACAGGAAACCCAGUCCAGGAAUUGAGGAAAUCUAAAUACGGUGGUUUGCCUAUAGGCUGUCUCAGAUUCAAUCCACAGCAGCAGCACAUACUGUUUGCUGGUGGUGCGGAUGGUAAUGUGUAUUCCUGUAACUCACAGACAGGAGAGUGCACAGAAAUUAUUUCAGAGAAGCACAAUGAAAUCAACUGUCUAGACUUCAGCAUGGAUAGCUUCUCCUUUGCCACAGCUGGCAAGGAUUUGGAUAUAAGAAUAUAUGACACCAAGACUCAAGAGUUGGUGACAGAGUAUAAAGGAUAUCACCAGUAUAAACCUAAUCCUGAGGAACAGGGAGUAGGGCAUGCUCAGAGGAUCUUUGCCCUCAAAUUCCAUCCAGAAAAUGAUAACAUUUUCAUCACUGGAGGUUGGGACAAUCACCUGAAGGUUUGGGACAAGCGAUCAUCAGAUGGAGUGAAGCGUACCAUAGGUGGACCUCAUAUCUGUGGGGACGGAUUGGAUGUCAGGGGCUUCCAAAUAUUAACUGGCUCAUGGACUCACCACAAUGCUCUGCAGAUCUUUGACUACUCUACAGGCAAACUGCAGCAGAACAUUCCUUUCCCUGAUAACGGGGAGGGCCAGUACUUGUACUGUGCCCAGUUCUGUGAGAAUGAUGUGGUGAUUGCUGGAGGAAGUGGGACCAAGAGUGCUAAAGCUAUCAAUAUCACUACAGGCGAGUGUCUCGGGGAGGUCAAGAUGUCCAAGGCAGUGCAAGCCAUGGACAGUACCAAGGGAGGACGGCUGUUUGCUAUAGGGGGAGGAGACACUUACCUGAAAAUUGCUGGUUUAGCAUAAUCAGUCUUGUUCCUUUCACUUUUCUGUUACCACUUGUCAGAAGUCCAAGUUAAUCAAGAGCAAGAUGAACAUUAUAUAGUGGAAAAUUAAAAAUUAAUAGGCAGCUUGGUUAUGCUACAAGUCACGUUCAUUGAGUAGAUUUAUGCAUAAUGCCUGUGCACUGAUUUAAGCUUCAUCUCCGUCCAAAUAUAAUGGCACUUGUUGCAGCUUUUCUUUCUCCACAGGUCUAUACGAUAAAACAUUUUCUAGUUAAGACUAAGAAAAAAGGUAAAUAUUUUGAUGUUUUUUAAAAGUUUAUACACAAACAUAUUAUUGAUUUUGCUCUAAUUUUGAUACAAUUAGACUAUUUAAGUCUUUAGCAAAGACAGGUUUUAAUCUCGACUGAGACCAGUAUUGACUUAUGGUCAUCUCAACUUCUAAAUUAAUUCGGGCUGUCUUCGAUAGACAUGGAUAUCUCACCCAGAUAGAUUUGUGAACGUGGACAGUAUGAGGCUAUUAAUCUCUUAAGAACCAGCUUGUUUAAUGUAUGGUAGAAUUGUUACAUGUAUGCCUAUUGGUGAGAGUUAGAAUUUUCUGAACAUAAGAAAAGCAACAUUUUGACAUUACCGUUAGCACCAGUCUCUUCUGCUUUAUUUGAUAUUCAGUGACUUAGUUUAAAGAAUUCCCAGCAUAUUUGCAGUAUUAUAAUGAUAAUAGCCACCAUUACUUUUCAUACAUGAUCUGGCCAAGUUCUGUUGCAUAGUGUCUGACAAAAUGAAAGGUGAAGGUUUUUAACUUAUUUCAUUUCAAAGAUUUUUAUAAAGCUAUUUUCUUAAGUAGUUAUAGUUUUGUUUUUCAUCUAAUGAGAAGCGUUUAUUUUGGUGGAAUUUGGUUUAUUUAUUUUUUUUAUUUUUUAUUUUUUUUUUUUUCAUAUUUUAUUUAUAUUGGUUUGGUAAUUGCAUUGGUGGAACUGUGAUAAAACAGAUAACAGGUUUAUAAAUUAUUUAUAAACAAUUUUCCGCUAUCUAAUGCAGUUUUAACUUUAAAUUUAAAAUUUCAGUCCGUCCUUAAGCUUUCUACAACUUUUAUACAUUUUUUUUACAAUGAUAAUAGAUGUUAGUGGCAAUUUAGAAGCAUGUGUAUUUUGUUGUGAUUGAAACUGAAAUAAAGAGCUAAGAGCUUUCUGUCAAAGUUCUGUGUCAGCAGAAAUAUAGAAGAUAUACAUA